AUGGCCUCACAUCGCACGACCCUUUUUGUUACAAGCUGUUUGGAACGCAACGCGGUGUUGGAGGUCGGUUCUCGGGUCGACUCGAAGCUAAGCUCCGCUCCACGCGGCGUUGGUCAGAUUCACUCCAACUCACACCGCCAUUCUACUAGUAGUCACCCAUCUUGUCCGUCUCGUGCUACUUUUGUCGUGUGCAGUCAAACAUCCUUUGCUUCACUGCCUUUUCCCCUUGCGACCACUCUCCCGCCAGCCGCGCGAGCAACAGUGCCAGAACGGCGCGUUUCUGCGCUGCAGGCGGCAGAACGGCGCGUUUCCACUCCUCCCCUCUCCUGCACCAUCCCCCCUUCCUUCCACCCCUUACUCCUGCCCCCUCUCAUCGCUCUCCCUCCCACCUACCCUCUCCCCCUUUUCGUCCUCCUCCCAGGGGCCUCGGGUGAGGCGAAGCCAACAUUGGCAGCGUCAUCUCGGAACAUGCCCGCCACGGCCAGGCCAGAGGCUCGGUGCAGCCAGGCCAGAGGCUCGGCGCAGCCAAGCCAGAGGCUCGACGCAGCCAGGCCAGAGGCUCGGCGCAGCCAGGCCAGAGGCUCGGCGCAACCAGGCGAGAGGCUCGGCGCAGCCAGGCGAGAGGCUCGGCACAGCGAGGCGAGAGGCUCGGCACAGCGAGGUGGCGUUCUCUCCUUCCUGCGGGGCGCCGUGAAGAGACCUUUUCACCGCGCCAAGACACGAGGCAUAUACAUACAACGCUCAUUUACCUCCCGUUCUCUCUACGUUCCUCCUGUGUUCCCUCCGCCAACCACUUGCCUGCUCCCUCUACCCCUCCUCCCCCGCCCCCCCACUUCCUCCUCACCCUUUUCCCUCUUGUAUGCUCCCUACGCCGCCCCUAGCCUGCUCUCAGCCCUCACCCCCUUAUCUGCUCCCACCCCUCCCCUCCUUGCCUGCUCCGACCCCCCCAUCCUCGCUCCCCCCUACCCCCUCAUCUCCCUCCCCCCUACCCCCUCAUCUCCCUCCCCCCUACCCCCUCAUCUCCCUCCCCUCUUCGUGCUCCCGGCCUUCCCUUCUGCGCUUUCAGCCAUACCACUGGCAGCAGGUUUGGGACCGGACCAAGCGGCAGCACUGACAAGAGGGGUUGGGGGAGCACCAACCAGGGCGCCACGAUUCGGCAAUCUAGGAGCAUCUGGGCUUGCGCCUUUCGAGUCGAGCCAACGGCCAGUAGGAGGGGCGGUGAUGGGGACAGGGAUGUGUGGUGGGUGCGGCUUGGGAGGGGGCGGCAGCAUUGCUGCUCAACUGGGCGGCAGUAGCGGGAAUCUGGGCGGCAGCGGGGGUGCAAAUCUGGGCGGCAGUCUGAAUCUGGGUGGCGGCGGCGGCGGCGGUGGUGUGACGAUAGGGAGUUGUGGGGGGUACGGAGUGGUGAAUCUGCAUUUGUCCUCGGUGGUGCUGGCAGCCAAGUCUGCCUUCUUCCGCACGCUCUUCACGUGUGGCUUUAAAGAGACGUGCCAGAACAACCCUGUCGUGCUCAAUGUUUCGCCAGAAGAGGAAGGCCCAAAAAUCGACCUCCUGCGAUUCAUCUACACGGGGGAUAUGCAGGAGGGCAGCAGCGACCCAGAGGACAUCAUCAAGAUGUACCUCGUGGCAGACAAGUUCGGCGUCGCCUCCUGCAUGAAGAUCUGCCUCGAGCGCCUCGUCAACCUCCCCAUGACCGUCCCCACCGCCUGCCUCUACCUCUCCCUCCCCGACUCCAUGCACUCGCAUAGAGGGGUCGCGCAGCUGCUGGAAGCUUCUCGGGGGUUUCUGGUGGCGCAUUUUAGGGAUCUGGAGCGGGUGCAUAAGGGGGAGGAGUUUCUGGAGCUGCCGCUGGUGGGCGUGCAGACGCUGCUGGCCAGUGAUGAGCUGAAUGUGCGCGACGAGCUCACGGCGUUCCAUGCCAUGGUGGAGUGGUUGCGGCACCACCAUGAUGAUUUGGACGACAGAAAGCGGGCAGCGGUGCGGCUAGCAGAGCACGUGCGGUUCCCCCUCAUAACAGGCGACGAUCUCGAGGACGUGGUGCUCAAGGCACUCGAGGUGGACAGCCCAGAAUGCCAGGCGCUGGUGAGUGUUGAUCGUGUGUAUGUGUGUGGUGGGGUCACAAGGGUUGGUGGGGAAGGGUUUGGUGUUGACCUCGAAGACGUGGUGCUCAAGACCCCUGAGGUGGACAGCCCCGAGUGCCAGGCGAUGGUGAGAGGCUGGGCGCUAGUGAGACAGGUGCGGGAAGCAGCAUGGUUCCGGGCAUACAGCUUGGUGCGUCGCCUGCGCCUCAUGAACGAGACGGCCGCCACGCACAGGCGCUUCUGGCAGCGCCGCUGGAACCGCAACUCCGUGGGCCACGUGUACUUCGAUAUUCACCUCGAGAGGUUUCAGGCACUAGCAGUGGCAGCGACGGUGGAGUCUGCCACGUUUGGGAUCGGUGGGAAGCGGUUCUACCUGUCAGCCCGGCACGGGCGGCGAGAUGACGGCACGGAGACGCUUGACAUUCGCUGCACCACAGCGUGCAGCCUGAAAUUCAGGUAUGGUUGA